AUGUCAAAACCUCAUAUUGAGCACGAGGACCCCGCCCAGGAUGGCUUGUCCCGCACACUCAAGGACCUUUUUGCUGGUGCUGUAGGCGGAGUUGCUCAAGUCCUCAUUGGGCAACCAUUCGAUAUUGUGAAAGUCCGUCUGCAGACGACAUCCCAAUACUCAGGCGCCUUGGAUGCAGCGACCAAGAUAUAUCAAAAUGAAGGAGCACUUGCCUUCUACAAAGGAACAUUAACGCCCCUGAUUGGUAUCGGAGCCUGUGUGUCUAUCCAAUUCGGAGGCUUCCACUAUGCGCGCCGCGCUUUCGAGGCCAGCAAUACAGCCAAGUCGGGCACCGCCCAACUGUCUUACUCGCAGUACUACGCCGCUGGCGCUUUUGCAGGUAUCGCCAACACGGCUCUCUCGAGUCCGAUCGAGCACAUUCGUAUAAGACUGCAAACCCAGCCGCACGGCGCGAAUCGGCUCUAUACCGGGCCCAUCGACUGCGUACGCAAGCUCUCGGCACAUCAGGGCGUGCUUGGGGGCGUCUACCGCGGUACUGCUGUGACCUUUAUGCGUGAAGCUCAGGCGUAUGGGUGCUGGUUUACUGCAUUCGAAUAUCUUAUGAAUUCUGACGCUGCACGCAACAACAUUGACCGGUCGGAGAUUUCAACACUAAAGGUGGCGGCGUACGGCGGACUAGCGGGUGAAGUACUCUGGAUCAGCAGUUAUCCAUUUGACGUUAUCAAGAGCAAGAUGCAGAGUGAUGGGUUUGGAGCGGAACAAAAGUACAAGAGCAUGAGAGACUGUUUUGUGAAGACGUACAGGGGCGAGGGCCUGGGCGGCUUCUGGAGGGGCAUUGGACCAACUCUGCUCCGUGCUAUGCCGGUUUCUGCAGGGACAUUUGCAACGGUCGAGGUGACGAUGCGGUUGAUCAGCUGA